GAAAGAAAACAAGUGAAACACUCUCUGAAAGCGAGAAAUUUAAUUUGGAUUCAGAUUCGGAUUCAGAUUCAGAUAAUGAUCAAGCUGGUUCACAAAUUUCCAAAUCUUCUACAAAAUCAACAAAGGAUGAUUCCAAUAUAUUGUUGAACAAUCCUGCAUUCCUCAAACAUUAUAAUGAGAUAGUUGAGGAAAACCUACGCUUAAAAGUUGAACUUGCAAAAUACAAACAAGUAGUCAACAAAAUGAACGAAAUGAUGCGGGAAAUGGUUCAAUGUUUAAAUGAAAAUCAAGAUAUCUUCCAAUUAUCUGAUUUGACUAUUCAACAUGGUGAUCAAGUAAUAGUCUUAACUCAUAAACAAAGGGCUGAAAUUUGUGAGCUUUCUGAGAAAACUGCUCAGAUCUUACAUGUUUGCUCAUCAAUUUUAAAGAAACCAAUAACAGAGCUUGACGGAUCAGAAAAGCAAUUAUUAUUCAAGAUUAUUUUCGAAUGUAUGGGCAAAAGUAUUGAGAGAAAUAAGAGCAAGCUUACCAAGUACAAGAAUGUUUUUAGAACAAUCAAGAGCAAAGCUAAAGCAAAAUUGGAGGGUGAGAAUUCAAAUAGUGAAUCCACUGUAAAUGAAUUUGAAGAGAUACCUAAGAAGAAAUCGAAGAAAGGUGAUAAUGAAUCAAAGAAGAAGAAUGAAAAGAACAACAGUGAUGCCAUUCGAAUAGGAGCAUCUGGAUUCAAUUGA